AUGACCACGGCGCCGGGUGGCUUCGCGCCGGCGCCGUCCCGUGCCGCCGCCGCACCGUCGAAGAAGGUCCCCAAUGCGGCGCGAACGAAGAAGGGCAAAACAUCCGCGAAGAAAAACAAGGCGUCGGACGGCUCCGGCACCACGAAGGCGAGGGGAAAGAAGCUUGCAGGGCGUUCGACGGCCGCGGCGGCUACCGAAGCACCGGCGAGCUCACUCGUUGAGCCGGCCGCCGACGCGCACCACGUGUUCGACGAAAUGCCCCUAAGUCUCUACCAUGAUGCAUUCAUGUCCACUAUGGGUGUUGGGUCCAACAAUUCGCAUUGGUCUCAAACCAAUGACAUCCAUUUCGAAGACCAUGAGUUUGAGGUGGACGAGGAGGGUGAGGGAAUUGUCGAGGCGCCGAAAGAAAGAGCGGGCAAUUACUCAACCAACGAUGACAAGUUACUAUGCCAUACUUAUUUGCAAGUGUCGAGGGAUCCACACUUUGAUGCUCACAACUUGAGUGAAAUUGACCGCUCCGAGAGAUCACUUCGGUCCCGAUGGUCGACAAUCAACUCGGAUUGUCAAAAGUGGGCGGCCGUACAAAAGGCAGUUGACAAGAUUAACCCAAGUGGCACAAAUGAGGAUGAUCGAUACAACAUUGCACAAAACUUGUUCAAAGAAGAGACAAGGACAACCAAGAAGGGGAAGAUCAAGAAAGGCAGGGUCUUUACCUUACCUCAUUGCUAUGAAGUGUUAAAGGAUGAUGAGAAAUGGAAGAAGGGUGAUGGUUUGGAGGAUUUGCAUUUGAGCAAUAAACGGAAGCGAGCAAUUGAGAUGAAUGAUGAUGAGGAGGAGGAUGAUGGAUCAAGUGAUGAUGGCAAGAGAAGCCCCACACCCAACUCGGCGUGGGAGGUGGUCCGCACGAGCGCGCUCGCCAGGCGGUGGCGCCGCACCUGGGCCUCCGCGCCGUGCCUCGACAUCCGCCGGCUGUGCGCCUGCUCCCGCCGCGUUGACCAGGAUUGGUACGCCGAGUUCGUCAAGCACCUGCUUCUCCGGCGGGACCGCAAGUCGUUGAACACGCUCCGGCUGCACUGGAACCACGACGACGCCAACACGUGGAUCGUUCAUGCUCUCAGGCACAAUGCCACAGCUAUCCAGCUAUCCGCGAAGCAUCACCGCCCAAUCCUCAAGCUGGAAUGCACGGUCUUCCUUUCUGGCAACCUCAACAUCUUGCAGCUCGCCAACGUGUCCUUGGACAGCCGCUCCCUCUCGGGGCUCUGUUCUAGGUGUACUUCUUUGGAAGAACUAGAGCUCAGGAAAGCUCUCAUAUAUGCCACGGAGAUUCGAUCAACCUCACUCAAGCGUUUGACCAUGGUCAACUGCAAAAUCUUUAACGACCUCACGGUUGAUGCUUCGAAUCUUGCAGCCCUGCGCUGCAUCAGACCUUGCAGUUUUGUUCCUCAGAUCAAGAACUCGGGGUCACUAGUGGCAGCCACUAUCAUGCUUGAUGACGCUUGCUUGCAACAUGCUCGCCCAUGGUCAGUACAGGAUGAUGAGGACGAUGGCGACACAUAUACUGAUGCUGAGGACUCUGACGUCAGUGAAUCUCAAACUCAAUCUGAUGAUGAUAGCUGUGCAGUUGCUGAUGAGCAUGCAAGGGAUUGUGAGCAUCCUGGAAGCGGUGAUAUUGUAGUUUAUGGUGGCAAACGUAUUUUUCACAGCCUCUCGAAUGUGAGAACAAUGAACUUGUCAGCUCAUCGAGGAGAGGUUCUGCUGACGACGGAACUGGAGAACUGCCCUGUGUUCGAAAACCUGAGGACUCUAUCCCUCGGUGAAUGGUGUAUAGAUAGCGAGUUUAAUGCAUUAUCAACCAUGCUUGAGAAAUCUCCCAACUUAGAGAACAUUUUCAUUCAUCUCGACAAGAAGGCCUGCAACAGCAGAGAUAACACCGAUCCAAGUGAAACAUCAUGUACUUACAACAACCUGAAGGUGAAGAUCUCAUAUUCAGGGGAUGACAAGAUUGCCCGUCAGGUCAAAGACUUCUUCCUCACCAAUAAUGGCUCAUGGGAGAAGCGCAAGGCGCAGGGCGAAGCUGCCGAGAGUUCAGCAAAGCAGAGGAGGGUAAGGAGCCCAGAGGGAGGGCAAGGUGGUGGGAACUAG